AUGCCGAUUGGUGACCUCCUUGCGUCGAUUUCUGGUGAACCAAGUCCCGCACAAACGAAUCGACCUUUGUUGCCACCGAAGCGCAAGUCCUCCGAUGGCGACGCCUUACGACGACCGGCAGACAAGCUACAGAAGACGAACGCAAAUUCCUCGAGGCCUACGGAUAGCUCGCGUCCGGCGCAAAUGAAUAGACCUGGAGGGGUUAAUACAUCGAUGGAACGAAUGAAGCUGAAUGCUGGACCAAGUAAUCGUACCCCAAUUACACAAACAGCAACAUCAUCAUCAAAUUUCAAACAUGGGCAACCAACACCUCCUCCGACUGAUACGAAAGCUACGGAAAAGCCAGACAAACCACUCAAGAAAGGUUCGUUUGCAGAAAUCAUGGCAAGAGGAAAACAGAAUGCCGAGAAAAUGGCUCAGAUCGGCAAAAUCCAACAUAAGCGCAUCGAAAAACCGAUCAGCAAACGUGAACGGGCAGAGAUAGAAGCUGCAAAAGCGGCAAAGAUGUCAAAGAAUAUAGGUCCGGGAGGGAAAUUUAGUAAUACACCUGGUGCGAAGGCUAUUAACGGUAAGAUGUCUGCGGGAGUAAACGGAAAGAUGGGCAAGAAUGGAAAAGCACCACCACCGGAACCAGAAAAGAAGAUCAAGAAAGCCGCAUUAGCAACGACGGGAUACGCAGGAACUGCACGACCUAAGCCAGGCGCCAAACCCGGCCAGAAAUCCUCACACGCCUCAUCAUCACGAGAAAGAGAUAGAUAUGGUCGUCAACUCCCAGCUCUUGGUUCCCGACGCGAUAGAUACGAUAGCUACGAAGACGACGAGGAAGACGACAUGGAGGAAGGUGAGGAAGACGAUCAACCGGAUUACGAGUCGGAUGUCUCUUCUGAUAUGGAAGCCGCGGCGUUUGAGGUCGACGAGGAAGAGGAGUUUGCGACGAGGAUUGCGAGGAAGGAGGAUGCGGAGGCCCUGGCGGAAGAGAAUCGGUUGAAGAGGGAGAAGGCGGAGAAGAAGAAGAAGUUGAUGGCUAUGGCUGCGAAGGCGGGGAAGAGACGUUAA